AUGUUCAACGUGGCCCCCGCCACCUCGCCCGCUUGCGUGGCUCACGGCUUGGCGCCUCCCUCGUGCGCGGCUCACGCCGUGUCGUCGCCUGGGAGCACCUGGACGACGCCAUGGGCGACGCCAUGGGCGACCUGGGUGGUGCUGCCCGCCAUGGGUGCCUGGUCCAGGCGUGGGCGCCGGGCGCGCGGCCGAGCCGUCCACGCCAUGGGCUUCGGCGUGCAGGAGGUGAGUGCAGAAGAACAAGAGGAGUACGACAAGGAGAAAGCCAUCGAAGCAGCUGAAGAAGCUGCAGCACGGGCGACGGACCCGCAGGGCCCUGACAAGCUCUCCCUCGCGCGGCUGCGGAUAUGGGCCCGGUCGCAGUCACGUUCCUUCAAGGUGAACCCUGGCAUUGCUGUGCAGAACGGCAAGCUGGUGGCCUCGGUGCCCAUGGAAGCGGGCUCUCCCUUGAUCGGUGUGCGCCCAGCAGCUUGCCUCCGAGCGCUCCCCGACGAUGUGGCCGAAGAGCGAGAGGAGGCGGCGCUGCAGCUGGCGUGGAGGGCCAUGCAAAUGGUGGCCAACAUGGAGGGUGGUCCUACGAUGUCUGACGACGAGGAGCCAUGGCCGACAGCGUAUUUGGAGGCACUGGAGGUGCGACCGCCACAGCCCUUGCUUUGGAAUGCGGAGGAGGUUUGUGAGCUUCAAGAUCUUCCAUUGCAGAUGCGUAUCAAAAAGCUGACCCGGCGGGUGGAUAAGUGGUUCAAGCAGAGGUGUGUGAAUUCCGGCAUGGCCGGCUUCACGAGCAACCAAGCCUUCCGCCUAGCCUUCCGGGCGGGGUUUGCGUCCUUCUUUGCUAAGAGCAUUCAGAUUGACAGAAGCUGGGUCUUGGUCCCGUUCCUGGAUGCCAUCGAGCCCAUGGGCCUCACCUCGGAGCAAGACUUUCGGUGUGGCAACUGCAAGGUUGAGGUGGAGGAAAUUGCUCCACAACAACAGCUGGUGGUGCUUUCAGCCACGCGGGACCUCAAAGAAGGUGACGUUUUGGUCAGAGAGAUCGAACCCCAGCUGUCCCCAGCAGACGUGCUCCUCCACUAUGGCACUGUAUUGCCUGCAGACUCGGUGGUGGAGCUGUCAGCGAAGGCCUAUUUGGAGAAUGCGCCGGACCGGCUGCAACGUCUCCCCGGCCUCCGCCCUGGGCGGCUCCCGGGCGAUGUGAGCCUAGCAGGUUGCCUAAGACCUCAUGCGCGCUAUCCGGGCGAAGAUGGCACCAGGCUGGAUGACCUCAAGGCCAUGGUGGAUGAUGUGUUCCUCAAAGCUUCGCUGGUGCUGGCGAAUGAAGAGCUUGAGAAGGUCGAGGUGGAGGACUUUGUGAAUCUCACAGGCCGUGCGAAGCUGCAAUGCCUUGAGAUGUUGCGGAAGGUCCUCGUCAUCCUUGCACCAGCGGCCGCGCGCUUCGCGGGCGGGAUCCGAAUCCUGGAGGAAGCGCACAAGGCACAGGAGAACUUGUAUAUGCAUCAAGAGGAUGAACGGCUCUUGGCCAAGAUGAUUGCAAAUCAUCCGGAGUUGAGCCCCGAAUACCAGGGCAUCAAAGGCAUCAUGAUGGACGACGCCCACAAGGUGGAAGACAAGGUGAAGAUGAUUUUUAUGAAGCACGGGAUUCCUCCCGUCAACAAGGAAGAUACCAAGCUGCUGACCUCGGCCAAGGGCUGCCGGCGCUUGGCCGUGGCAUACCGACAUGCGCAGAAGACGGCCUUGGCGCUGGUCAUCGAAGAGGUUGAAGAGGCGCUAGCACGUGCGCAGGAUGGGGGUGGAAUGCCCUUUGCUCUGCGGAAGUGA